GCCGCCACCCACCUCAGACUUCCUCCUUUACUUGGUUGGACACUACGCCACAUCCCAUCCGCCGUGGACUGCAGUGUCCAGCACCGUCGCCUGCAUCAUGGGGGGCCUCAGACCCGCCAACUGCCUCCUGUCUCUCCUUCUGACUGUGGGUGGUGUCAGCCUUGUCCAGGCCCAGAGAGAAUGCAACUGCUCUGCCGUGAGCCCUGGCGUCCUGGCAGGGAUCGUGCUGGGGGACCUGGUCCUGACCCUCCUCAUCGCCCUGGCCGUGUACUCCCUGGGCCGGCUGGUCCCUCGGGGACGAGGGUCCGCGGAGGUGACCCGGAAACAGCACAUCACUGAGACAGAGUCGCCUUAUCAGGAGCUCCAAGGCCAGAGGUCAGAUGUCUACAGCGACCUCAACACACAGAGGCCAUAUUACAAAUGAGGCCCAGCCAGGGCAGUCAACAACCUGAUGCCUGGAUCCACUCAUUCCUGACACCUGCCCAGCACACUAUUCGACUCCCACUACGAUACAGAUCCACAGUGUCCUCCAUGAGAUGUCAGACCUCUUCCCACUAUUGCCCCCAAAUAAACAUGGAGCGCAUAAA